AUGAUCAAAUAGCAUAGAAAAAUAGAACAUUCUUUUCUCUAUCAGACUAUAUAAAAAGAAAGUUUCUUUAACCUUUCUAUAAGGGAUAAAAAUACCACUGCCACUACUUUUGGUAUGCCCUAAGUACGUUUUUAUAAAACUGGUUGUAUCACAUCCGGAAAGGGCAUGUAGCGCCAAAAGAAUUUUCGGAUUUGUAUAUUGAGCAAUUUCCUAAACGAAAAGAAAUAAAGUAGAAAUUCUAUCUUGAUCUGAUCCAGCAACGUAUGAGAUGUGCUUGUUUCAGCCAAACAUCUCAUACACAAAUCAGCAUUUAACCAAUACGCGGCUGUCAUAAAAGCAAACGUACGACGAUAUCACAACGAAAAACACAAUAUAACGAAUGGUGCAGAAUUUUUCGAGGCCAUACACUCGUAUGAAGGAGUGAAAGGAGUACAGGCGUAUGAAUGUAGUCUUAUUAGAAAUCCGGAACCGACAAAAGUUACCUUUCCAAAAAUUACAUUUGUGAAUAAUUACGAGUUUGAACAAGAUGGUAUACGAGUACAUAGAGCAGGGAACGUCGGUGUUGGUAAAUUACUUAAAUGGCCAUUAUUGGAUACACCGAAAGCUAUAGGUCAUCUACAAUGUCAACCAUGUCCCUCUAAGCUACAAUUGUCGUCCAUUACCGGAGUUCCUAAAGAACGCAAAUCUCUGUCCGACCGUUCCUCGAUUACCACAACAACUACAAUCGAACUGGCGGUUCAGGCUAGUAGAAGUAAGCUGUAUGACUGUCCCGAAGAGGGAUGUGUAGCUUCGUUUAUCAGAUACGGAAAUUUAACUCAACAUUUAUGUACAGGAAAACACCGACAUCGAAGAGAACGUAGUUCCAUGAGGGACAUGGGUAUGACUAUGUAUCACUCGAAACUGGAAAAUAUUGAAGUAAGAUCAAUGUUUUCUCUUCAAUUAGAAGAAACUACACCUGGUGAUGAUGAUGAUACAAUUCGUAUUACACCACCUGACAGAGGAUGGGCUUUACCAAAAGAACGAAAAGUGACACAUCUGAAUGAAUCUCAGGUAAAGUAUCUCACUGAGAAGUUCGAUGAGGGUAUACAACAGAGAAUUCGAUGGAAACCAGAGGAAGUAUCAGCUGAAAUGCAACGAAAAAAAGAUUUGAACAAUAGAUUCUAUUCCAUACCGGCCGAGUUUUUAAAAACUGGCCAGGUCCGAUCGUUUUUUUCACGUUUGAAGUCGAUACGUGGAAAGCAAACAGAAACAGUAGUUGCAGACGAAGGGGAGGAGGAAGAUGAUGAAGAAUUUGACGAUAAUAAUCAAGUAGUUGAAGAGAUUGAGCAACGAAAUAAUUUAAGAUAUUCAAUGGGAAUUAGCGGCGAAUAA